ACAAUUCUAAAAGUAUAUCAAGUACUUUUUCAAGAUACCAAUACUGAAUUUGACGAUUCAGAAAUUGAAGAUAUUGAUAAUAAUGAGAAAGAUGCAAUAACAUCAUGGCUGCCAAUAUCAGAUAAUGAUAACUCAAAUAAUAAUAAUUUGGAUGAAUAUGAAGAUUCAUAUAAUCUAUUGAACUUUGAUUGUAAUAUAAAUAAAUUAGCUAAUCAAGAGCAUCUAGUAAAAGAUAAAAGCACCAA